AUGGUUACACGUGUGUCUGAUUUACUUAUGCUUCCUGAUGAGGUCCUAUUAGAAAUAUAUAAAUAUUUAUUGAAUGCUCAUAUACUCUAUUCAUUCUAUGGAUUAAACAAACGUCUUAAUAAAUGUAUAAUAGGUUAUUGCUGUCAUGUUUCAUUAACUGAUAUCACAUGUAAUCAAUGUCAUUAUCUGUGUCGUUUAGUUUUACCAGAAAUAGGCCAUCAUAUACAUUCAUUAUUAAUAAGCAACUGUCGAUCUGUAUUACAGGGUAAAAUAUUUUCACAAUAUUUUUCACAUGAAAUCUCCAAAAUAUUUCCGAAUCUUCAAAAAUUGAUACUUAUUUGUUUUACUGCUGAUGAAUUAGAUAGAUUUCUUGAUACAUUAAAUAAUCUUAAUAAUCUUAAUCAAAUUGAGAUAUUUGAUCUUCUCACGGAUCAAUCAAAUCUACUGCAACAUGUUGUCGAAACAAAUAACAAACGUUUUACUUCAAUCAAAUUUAAAACAAGUUAUUCAGAUUUACCAACAUCAUUAUGUUCGAAUAUUCUUGAUCUAACUAUAUCAAUACGAAAACUUGAUAAAUUAUCUCAACUGCUUUCGUGUAUUCCCAAUAUUCGUAGAUUAAAUGUAACCGUUGAUGAAAUCACUACGAUGGACGCAUCGUUCGAUCAUCUGUCACCAUUAACAUUUCUCAAUGACUUUUUUCUUCGUUGCUAUGAUCAUUUUUGGUCAUUAGAAGCACUUCAAUCACUAUUUAGUAAAACACCAGUAAUUGAAUAUUUAUCAUUACAAUUAUCUUCACAAGAUGUCAGUUUUGUUAAUAGUGAACAAAAACUUAUUCACAUUUUACCACAAUCUAUACGACAAUUUAAUUUUGGACUUCGCUAUUUCUAUGAUGAACUUGAAGAAAUUGAUCAAAAUGCUUUAGUAGCAUCUGACUUUCUCAUGAUUUGUUUAAUUGAUGAAAAUAUACAGCAAGCAUUUUUACAUACAAUGCCAUAUCGAUUUCCUUUAUUGAAUAUCUCAGCUCCUAUGGCAAAACAAAUGUCUUCAUAUGAAAACUAUGAAAAUGUUGAAAUGUUUUAUGAUUAUCAUGGAAUGGAUUUAGCUGAAACAUUUCCCAUUGUUGCACGUUGCCGCCAAAUAAAAGAAAUUGCAAUUCAAUCAUAUGAAAAAAACGAUGAAAUCCUAUCAGUUUCACAACCACUUCUACCGCUUCCAAAUUUAUUCUAUUUAAAGCGUAUUUGGUUACUACAUUCAUCGAGAGAAUACAAUGCAUUAAAAGCAAUUCUUCAAAUUGCACCAAAUUUAUCUGAAUUAUUUAUUGCAUUUGACAAUCUAUUUCCAAUACUUGAUGAUAAAGAUACAUGUCAAAUUUUAGAAAACCGUAUUUUUCAUUUACUUAUACUUCGUUCAGCUCCAGCAGCACCGACUCAAUUAACUGAACAAUUUGUUCCUCAUUUGAGAACUAUAUUUACACGUCUUCGCCACUUACAGAUCGAUGUCACUAAUGGAAUACCGAUCGAAUCAAUUACAAUUUCAAUUCUAAAUGCAUUUAAGGAACAAUCACAAUUGAUAUCACUUGUUGUUGAAGGACAAUCAUCAAGUCAUGAAUUAAAAUCGAACGCUCGGCAAUGGUUAAUUAAUAAUACUCAUUUGACAAGCGAAAACAUAUUUGAUGCCGAGUUCAAAGAACAAACAAAUCGAUUUUUAUUGUGGAUGUAA